AUGUCCCAAGGGCCAGCUGCCCAGCUGCUGCGCGAUGCAGCGGCCGCACCCUCCCGGCGAGAGCUUUGGCGUCGAGCGUUGGCGGCGUUGCCAACACAGGGGCAAGAUGAUUCAACUCAAGAGCUCGCAGCAGCGGAUGCGCUAAGGCGGCACCUGCAACAUAGAGGGGCUCCUUUGCCCGCUUUGUUGAAUCAGCGGCUGCAAUCAGCCAAUGGCAAUCAUUUGUCUCAGGCUGCCAAGGCCUAUGCCACGUUGCGGGUGAGAGAUCGACCGGUUCUUGUGGCACUGCAGAGACGCACCGCUGAGCUCGUCCAUGAUUCGCGCCUGUGGGGGCAAUCCUUGGCAGAAUUAUUGGAUUCCUUUGGGAAGUUGGCUGGGCGGGGAGAAGCCUCUGGACAGCGUGCUCAGAAUGCGCAGGCUGAAGUUGAGGCCAUCAGCAUGGCCUGGAAGGGCCUAGCACGAAAUGUGGGAGAUCGCUUUGUUCACAGUGCCCGUGAAAUGCGUCUCAUUGAUAUUGCAGUUGGGCUUGGUGGGCUGGCUCGUUUGGGAGCACACGCUAAGGUGCUACAGCCUUUGCAAAAACAUGUCCUUGCGGCUUUGCAAGAUCCGACCGGCAGCACGGGCGGUGACAUCCCCUCAGAGAGGAAACCGUUGGAUCCGCGACAUGUGGCUACCCUUAUAGCCAGCUAUGCCACUUGUGCCCGCCUUGGCCACAGAGAUGAUGCUGUCCUGGAAGCAGCCGGAUCAGCCCUGGAGCGAUGCUGCCGACAGGGGAGAGACCUUGCUGCCGGCUGGCUGCUUCCCUUCAUCAAAUCGUUAGCGACGCAUCUAAGACCGGCUCCGCCCAGUUUGGUGCGGGUGAUCGAGGUGUCCUUACCCAAGGUGGUAAGGAACCUCACAGUGCCACAGCUGGAAGUUGUUGUGCAAUCCUUGGCCUUCAUAUCUGGCUUGAGCAACACAAACAGCCUGGGAGUGCGUCUUGGUGAUGCAUGCCUUGCUGCACCGCUUACCGCCUUGGACACUCCUGCAUUGGUUGGGGCUAUGCGAUCAGCCUUAGCAUUGGGUCACCAUGCUCCUGGCUUUUGGGCCCCUGUGCUUUACGAAGCGAAACGGCGCGUGGAAGCACCAGAGGUCUGGGUGGCAGCAGAUGUGGCCAACGCAGCGUUGUUGGCUGCGCGGGUUGCUGCGCGAGAUGCCAAGAAGCAAGAGGUAGCCAUGGUGGAGGUGCCUAAUGCGGCAGCUCCUCCUGCUUUGGCGCUGCUACAUGCCCUUUGGACACUGGCGCUGCAACGGAUGCGAGACUUCGAGCCACGAGCGCUUGGGAUCCUGGCCAUGGCGAUGAUGAAGAGUGACCAAGAAAAUGGCACUGUUUUUGCUGCCAUUUCGCAUCGAUCCCUCGAACUCUAUGAGAGUGGUGCAAUCUUCAAUAGCUUGGACAUUUGCCAGCUCCUGGUGGCACUAGCCCAUUUUAGAUACAGAGAUGAAUUGUUGCUGAAAGUCCUCGCAUCCAGACUGGAGGAGUCAUUUGAAGGCUAUGACUCCAAAGCGCGUGAUAUUGCAAUGUGGUCCUUUUCAAUCCUUGGUGGUGUUCCAGGGGGCAAAGAGCGAUACCCCCACCUGGUGGAAUGCCUUUUGGAGUAUGAGCUGUCCAAAGGCAAGUCCACGGAGCUGACUGAGGGGCACUUGAGUGCAGUCGAAAUCAUGCCGCACGAAAUCCCGCAGACAGCCCCUGGUUGA